AUGGGAAUCAUUGAUCAAGUCAGAGCCAAACCAACACUUGAUACCUCCUGGGAAGAACUCAGAGAUCAGAGGGAGAUUCCCAAUGGACUCUACCUGUUCUCCAAGAUUGACCCUCCAGAGGUAGUAACCUACUAUCUACAGGACCUUGCCAAUCAAGGGGUGGAUAUCUCUGACAUCACAGUGGACUGGCUUCCUGAGCAUCCAACUAACUUCAUGAAGAGGAUGCGAGAGCCCUCUGAGAAGUCCAAGAAGGCGAAGAAAGCAAGGCUGGGAGAAUCCUCUGGGUCAAGACCUCCAGUACCUCUAGCUGGCUCUCCAAGUAAGUCUGUACCUCUCUCUCGCUCUGUUAAAAUAAAACCUCUUGCUUCUUAUCUUCCCCAAACCACCUCUAUAUACACCACCUCUGAUACUCCUCCCUCAACCACCAGAACCUUUAACCCACCCUCACUUAAAUUUAACCUAGCUACCACCACAUUACCCAUUUCAGAAGUAGAAAUGCUGAAUGAAACCACUUCACCAUCAUCAUCACCAUCUCUACAAUCCCCACCAUACUACGAACUCUCCUCCGACACUGGACCAUCUGACCCUCAAUCCCCCACUUUGACUCAGCUACAAGCUCAUGCUCUGGCCUCUCAACAGCCAUCACACUCUGAACUUGAACCAGAAGUCACUUUCUCACCUCCUGAACAUCCAAAUCCCACCACAUCUAAACAAACACCACCACCUGCACAACAACCAAUCCCCUUUGAACCACAACCAACCCAACCAUCAUUUGAACCACACCCAGAACCUCAACAAACAACACAGUCACCCUCUGACAUUCCACCACCCAUCACUUCCGCUGCCUCCAUCACUCCCACAUUCAAUCUCAGUGCCCCAAACUCACUCUCUCCACCCUCCCUAACCCCUGCCACUGAACCAGAAACUACCAUUCUUACCCUUGAAGAAGCAAUCCAGGUUUUUGCAGAGUCUUCAGUCGAGAAGGUCAAAGAAGAUGAAGCCAAGGCUGCCGCUGAUGCUGCUGCUGCUGCGGCUGCUGCUGAGGCUAUGACAAAAGCUAAAGCCGACGCUGAAGAAUCAACUCGUAUUACUGAAGAAGCAGCUGCCAAAGCCAACACUGAUGCACUGACUCAGGGGGAGAACUCUAACUCUGGGUUCGUCCCUCUAGUCUUGAAGACUCUAGAGGAACUGCAGAAAGAACAACAGAAUUAG